UUCAGCGAAUAAUCAUCUUAACAUGUGAUUGCAAUUGUGCAUUAGAAUUCGGUUGUUUAAAAUUUAAUUUCAAAAUGUAUCGAAUCCGCGGUUUUCGAUCCAUUCUUCAACAACUUCAUCAAUCUCAAAGACAAUUUUACCACAGAAAAUUACAAGUUCUUUUCAAAAAUUUGGAUCCGAUUCUUUUAUUUCCAACAAAACGAACUGUUGCAUCGUCAAUUCAAACUCCGUUGGUUAAUACAAAUCCAAUGACAUCAUGUUCUAGUAAUACGACCGAAUUGCAAUUUAAAGUUGGCCAGCAUAUUCAUGGAUAUCGUGUAGAAUCUGUUCAAUCAGUUCCUGAACUAUGUCUAACAGCGUAUCGAUUAAUUUAUGAGAAAAAUGGUGCCGAACAUUUACACAUUGCCAGAGAUGAUUCAAAUAAUGUAUUCGGUGUUUCAUUUCGUACGACACCAGAAGAUUCAACAGGUGUGGCCCAUAUUCUUGAACAUUUAGCGCUAUGUGGUUCUCAUCGUUAUCCAGUGCGCGACCCAUUCAUGAAGAUGUUGACCCGUUCAUUAUCUACAUUCAUGAAUGCUUUCACUGGAUGUGAUUACACAAUGUAUCCAUUCUCUACACAAAAUCCAAAAGAUUUUUACAAUUUAAUGUCAAUAUAUUUGGAUGCUGUAUUUCAUCCACGUUUACGUUAUUUAGAUUUCCUUCAAGAAGGUUGGCGUUUAGAACAUUCUAAUGUUGAAGAUGAUAAAUCACCAUUAGUAUUCAAAGGCGUUGUAUUCAAUGAAAUGAAAGGCGUUUUUUCAAGUCCAUCAUCGAUUUAUACUCGUAAAUUAAUUAAUAAAUUAUUCCCUGAUAAUACCUAUCGUAAUGAAUCUGGUGGUGACCCUUUAGCCAUUCCUGAUUUAACCUAUGAACAGCUCAAACAAUUUCAUAGUCGUCAUUAUCAUCCUUCUAAUGCAAGAUUUUUUACAUACGGAAAUUUUCCUUUAGAAAAGCAUUUGGAAGCUAUUGGAAAAAUAAUUGAACAAUUUGACUUUGACGAAUCGUUGCGGCAAAUAUCACGAAUACCCGAUCAACAUUCAUGGGUACAAUAUCAACGGGUUAAAAUACGUUGUCAAAACGAUCCUUUAGCUCCGUUUCAAGAUCGUCAGACAACGGCCAGUGUGGCUUGGAUGCUAAAAUCGUUACAAGAUACAUAUGAAAACUUUACUCUUUCAAUAUUAUGCACACUUUUGAUGGAUGGACCUAAUUCGCCCUUUUACCAAGCCUUGAUCGAUUCUGGUCUUGGGUCAGAUUAUUCACCAUUUUCGGGUUACAAUAAUUUCACGAAGCAAUCAUUAUUUUCGAUAGGCUUGCAAGGAAUUUCAUCUGAUCAAAGCGGUGCUGUGUUCAAAGCCAUUGACAUGGCCUUAAUGGACGCUUAUACCGAAGGUUUUCCUCAGGAACGUAUCGAUGCUAUUUUGCAUCGAAUCGAAUUGAGCACUAAACACCAAGGAUCUAACUUUGGGCUUGGAUUGUUAAUGUACAUCAAUAGUACCUGGAAUCAUGAUGUCAAUCCAAUAGAAUGUCUCAACAUCAACAAGCAAGUUGAACAAUUUAAAAAAAAUCUUCAAUCUGAUCCUAAUUACUUGAAAAAGAAAAUCAAAGAAUAUUUUAUUGACAACAAACACCGGCUAAUUAUUGAGAUGAGCCCCGAUCUGGAAUAUGAGAGCCAACAACAGAAACUUGAACAAGAUUUAUUAAAUUCGAAAAUUUCCAAAUUAUCUACAAAAGAUCGUGAAGAGAUAUUCAAAAACGGUGCUGAACUGUUAAAAGUGCAAAGCACCCAAGAAGAUCUCAGUGUUUUGCCAACAUUAAACAUUCAAGAUAUUAGUAGAACAAUUUUUGAAACCAAUCUAGAAAAAAUUCAAAUCGGAUCGGGAGUGCCCGUUCAAUACAGCGCACAACCAACUAAUGGUAUUGUUUACUUCAAUGCAGUCAUACAAUUGAAACCAGAAAUGUUUCCGAAAAAAUUAGUCCCAUAUCUGCCAUUGUUCGCUCAAAUACUGAGUAAACUUGGUGCUGGUCACAUGGAUCGCAAACAAUUGGAUCAGAAAAUACAAAUGCACACUGGAGGUCUAUCAUCCUUGGUACAUAUUGCCGAUCAUCCCGCAUCAUUCGAUCAAUUUGAAGCAGGCAUCUAUCUUGGCUCAUAUUGUUUGGAACGUAAUCUAGAGCAAAUGUUUCAAAUAUGGACCGAAAUAUUUAAUGGUGUUCGAUUUCGUGAUGAUCCCGAUCAUUUAAUGCAAUUGAUCAGAAUAUGUUCAGCAGAAUUGGCUCAAGGCGUCUCACAUCAAGGUCAUCAAUAUGCUUUACGUAGAGCCUCUUCAUUCUUUGGUGGAGCAUAUAAAUUCCGUGAAUUGACAAGUGGAAUGACAUCAUUGGCUUAUUUUCGUUUGAUGGCUGCAAGUCAAGACAAGGUGAAAGAAAUUAUCUCUCAUUUAGAGCAAAUUGCCCAAAUUUGUUUUACAUCAAAUUCAUUGAGAUGUGCAGUAAAUGCAGAAGCUGCGACAAUGCGAACUUCAUUACAAGUUCUUGAGAAGUUUAUUAAUUCAUUCAGAUUCACAUCAUCACCGAUUUCAAGUGAAGAACCAGCUGCUAUGGAAUUUUUGAUGCCUACAGUGCAAUCGAAUUCGAUGAAUGAACAUUUUAUAUUUCCAUUCUCUACUAAUUUUUUGGGUCGUUCAGUAUAUUGUAUACCAUAUUCACAUGUGGAUCACGCUAAACUUCGUAUCGCUUCCAGUUUGGUGUCGAUGAAAUUUUUACAUAAAGAAAUACGUGAAAAAGGCGGUGCAUAUGGUGGUGGUGCUCGAUUAGAUUCAGGUGGUGUGUUCCAUUUCUAUUCAUAUCGAGAUCCACAUAUCAUUUCAACUAUCAACGCAUUCGAAAGAGUGGGUGAAUGGUUAAUACGACCAAAGAAUUAUCCGGAUGAAGAGAUCGAUGAGGCCAAACUUCAAGUUUUUCAAUCGAUUGAUCAACCUAUUCCUCCUGGUGAACAAGGAAUAGAACAAUUUUUAACUGGUAUAACAGAUCAAAUGCGUCAAGAGUAUCGUCAUCGUUUGUUGGAUGUCACUAGAGAAGAUAUACAGGAAGUUGCUGAAAGAUACUUGGCUAGUCCUAAUUCAGGCGAAGGAAAAGUUGUAGUUCUGGGUCCGAAAUCCGAUGAAACCAGUUCCAAUGAUAAACAUUGGAAAAUAAGAAUUGCAUCGGGCGAACAAUAAUUAAAAUGAAAAAAUUGAUUUGUAAAUAUUUUAAUUAAUAUAAAUUUUGAGAAAGAAAUUUAGAAUGAGUGAAAUAAAAAAUGAUGAUUUCGAUGCAUUUUUGGAAACAAAUAAAAAUUUUAACAACUUUUA